AUGCCAGAUUCACCGACAGAUCCAGCCUCCCACCCACCACAGGGGCCCCCAGUAUCAUCUCCAAAUGCAAACCCUGCCUCUGUGCCAGUUGUAGCUGACGUUAGGACAUUAUCAAACAAUUCUACUUCACCAGCCGUCAAUGGUGUUCACUCAAGUUCCACAGGACCUGUGUCUCCAAGUAGUAUAGGAAACAGUGUGACCCAGCUCCCCCCUGCCUGUGGUGCACGGCAGCUGAGCAAGUUAAAAAGGUUUCUCACAACACUACAGCAGUUUGGCUCAGAUAUUUCGCCAGAGAUUGGUGAAAGAGUAAGAGGACUUGUAAUGAACCUUGUGGUGAGUAUGAAACAGUGGAACACAUCCUGAUUUAGUGUUGACAUACAUUUUCUACUAUAUUUUUUUAGUAUGAUCAGGAAAAUACUUGUGGAUAGUUAACUUAAUGGUAAUUAAGGCUGUACUCUAAGAAGAAUUCAAGGGAGUCCAGUGCUCUUAACUUGUGAAAUCCAGGGUGCCCAGCAUAUAAGCUCUAUGAAAAAACUAAGGUUUUCUAGUCGCCUGGAACCAAAAGUGAGGUGCCACAGGCCACCAGGCACUUCCAGAGCAUGACCUUGGGUUAGGAAGAUACUUUCUGAUAGCAAAUUUUUAUGCAGUGCGGUGAAAAAGUUGUCAGACACAGGAAUAAUAGAGACCUUACAGUCUAAUAAAAAAGAGGUUGGAGCAAAAGGUUUUGGGAGAGGGAAGAGGGAGGGUCUCAGAGUAAGGUAUGCCUUACUACUUACCAGUGUGGCUGAGGUUAAAUCCCAGAGAUGAUACCAUUGUGUGGACUGAGUGUGUUGUUAGUUCUGUUCUCUGCUCCAAGGGGUGUUUCUUUGCCUACUCUGUCUUCACCUCUCUUCAGAAACUAAAGCCUUACUCACAUCAAAGCUUAAACAAUCUUCUAAAGCUGUUUAGUUAAACAUGGUGUAAAUUUGUUUUUGUUAUAAAAGCUACCUACUAUACUUUUUUUUGCUUGCAAAUUCAGUACAAUCACCUAACUUAUUAAAGUUUGUUUCAAUUCAGUGUAAAAGCCUGUGUUGUCGUUUUCUGUUACUGUUUUGUUAUUUUUUUAAAAAACCUAGUUUAAUUAAUUAAUCAUGUUUUGUUGGUGUGAAUGGGGCAUAUCAUUUGAAAUUCCAGUUUGGUGACAAGUGCAUGGUGUAUAACGUUAAAUUAAUAUUAAAGAGCUCCUAUGUAUUUCAUGGUGAAUCAAAGUUCAUUUAUACUACUAUUUUGAUCUGUAAUCCUUGACUACUGAUCAUUUCAUUAUGUUGACUCUUUAGUUUAUGUGACCAGGUUUAACUAACUAGUUCCUUCUGCAAUUAUCACUUACAGAACUCAACGAUAUCUAUUGAAGAAUUCCAUGCCCAGCUUCAAGAGGCAACCAAUUUUCCCCUUAGACCGUUUGUAAUACCAUUUCUGAAGGUAAGUGUUUUAAUAUUCAGUGCAGGUCCAUAAAAAUUAAAAAAAAAGGAUUUAUUAUGUUGCCUGAAGGAAACGUGUUCUUGUGGGAAGAAAGUGGGAAAUCCGAGCAGGCAAGAUGGCUUCAGCUAUUCUGCUCAGGUAGCCAAUCAGAAUGUGGUUUACCUCAUCUUUCCCACUCAGAAAAUCAGCCAAAUAAAGGUCAUGGAUUUGGGGGCGACAAUGAUCAAAGGUCAAAACACUUUUGCUCAUACGCUGUCCUUGGCAUAAGUUUCACUUGAUAUAUAUAAUCAAAACAUGAGUGAUUAAAUGACAAGUGACAGAAAGUCUUAACCACGUGAUCACAGAUUCCCUUUGAUGCAUUUCAUUCAUUCUUAGUGGAAGUCCAAAUGAAGCUGGUUAUGUACGUGUGGAGUAGGUGUAAUAGAUUGUGGGCUCCCCUUGUUGCCUGCAAUAAAUUAUUGCUCUAGAUUAGCAGCCUGCCAAAUUGUGCCAGCAGCCAGUAAUUUGGCAACUAUGGUCAACUGGGGUGUCUAUUCUUUAGAGAGCUGCGAAAAUUUGUUGUUAACUUGCAGUUGACAUGUAGGAAAGUGGUAACUUGAGUUUUAAAUGUUGCUUGGUACUUUUUAGGCAAACUUACCACUCUUACAAAGAGAACUGCUACAGUGUGCACAAAUGGCAAAACAGACUCCUCCGCAAUACCUACGACAACAUGAAGAUAUUUUAAGUGAACGAGAUUCCGCGCCCUUGGAUCCAGAAGAAAUGAAUCCUUUGGAGAUAAACGAAAAUGGAAAACGAAAAGCUUCUGAUGGAAUGAGGUGUGCAAUUUUAUUUUAUGAGUCUUUUAUAUUUUUAUUUUGUUUGUACCAGGUGCUCACUAAACUUUUGACUAUAAGUAAUGUCAGUCUGCUCCUAAAAUGCUCAUGUAUGGCUGGCUACCAGUAGGUAUGAUGCCAGGCAUGUUUAUUAUGGUUGAUGCAUAUGAGUUUGCUGUUGUGUCCACACUGCAUGUUUUGAGAAAUCCAGUUUGUAGAAUGCUCUUGUUUGUUUCCUUUCAGACCUAAAGAAAAUGGAGCUCCCCCUGAUCUAGCCAUGGUGAGUGAUUGUUUCCUAAUUUUGAAGUGCAACCCAAUAAAAGUCUAUCCAUUUUUUAAAGACCUAUUGUGACAAACUCUCAAUAUAGUUUCCUUAAAGAAUCAGUCAAGAAAUUUUGAUAAUAGAUCAAAGCAUUUUCUCAUAACCUUUCUUCUUCUUGAUUAUGUAUUGUUAUUGUUAUGAGAAAAUUGAUUUUGGUCUCUCUUAGGACUUAAAGUGUUUUAAUUAUCUUGUGUAUGAUGGUAAAGGGUAAAGGCGCAUACGAGCCAAAGGCCCAAACUGCCAAAGCCUAUCUUGGUUUUCUUAGUGUGAAGCAUGCCUAGGAGUAUUGUUACUCCCCCCUGGAUGGGAUGAUAGUCCAUUUCAGGGUUACUCCCAGCAGUAUGUCCCCAGUACCCAUUUAUACACUUGGGUGAAGAGAGACAAAGUGGAGUAAAGUUCCUUGUCUAAGAAAAACAACAUGACGGGCGAGGUGCGGCUUGAACCCCGGACCUCCAGAUCCAGGUAUUAACUGCUAGGCCACACACGCCUCCACUUGAAGCAAAGUGUGAAUUUAAGAGUCACUUAGAAUGUUUCUUUGUGCACUGGUUCAUGCUAUAUUUUCUUGAUAAUUCCCCAGCCUUCAUUGUGUUGUUUUUGUAAUUUUGAGUCUAUGUGUUUUACUUUUGCAGCAAAUGAUGGCCGAACUAGGAAAACCUAUACCCAAGAGACCCCAUUUAAGUAAGUUAAAGCUCAAGUGGCUUGGUUUUUGUUGUUGUUGUUGAGAGGGGUGGCUUGCUGAAGGGUCACCACUAUAAAGUUCUUACAGAUUAGACAUGGAUAUUUUAUUAUACUGUACUUGUGAAAUGAAACAAACAGCAGAAGUCUGUAUCAAAAGUUAAUUCCAGUGAAUAAUAAAUUAUCAACUCAGUUGAUUUGUAUUGAGGUCACAGAGGUGUACUUGAGACAAAGUUUGGUCACAACUCAAGUGAAUAAAAAUGAAUAAUGUAAAAGUCGUUAAUAUUAUUAUUGAUGACUUUCACAAUGUUACUACAAUAAAAAGCAUCUCUUGCAUGUAGUUUUUUUGACAACCAGAUGCUUUUAAUAUAACUUCAACGAAAUUUGAUUUUAGUUCUUUAGAAAUCAGUUAUUGCCAAGCUGUUCUGGCUUGUGAAACCUCUGUGACAGUACAUGUACUAAGCGUGUGAAUUAUUCUUUUGUUGCAGGUAGUAACAGUGGCCUAAACAAACCAAGUCAAUUAAGAAUGGAAGACAUUACAAUGCCACAAGGUAAUGUUACAAAGAUCUUGUGUUGAUGAGCUGUACAUUGUACUCGAGCCAGUGGCUUUAACCCAAAAAUUAUCUCACUAAGCAUGAGUCAAAAUGGCUAAAUAUUGGCCCACGUGUCACUGACCACAUCACUGUUGCUUACUUCACAGCAGGUAGUUCACGUGAUGCAGAACCUUCAAUGCCAGAUGUUCUGCUAGAUAACAAGCAUGAAAUCGCUGAUGACUGGCGGCAUGUGGACACAGUAAGUUUUGCAAUCAAAAUAAUCUUUAAAAAUACACAAGGGUACAGUGUAGCUCUCAAAUGUGUAGAGUGCACUUUUUUCAUCAUCUGUCUUGGCUGUAGCUGACAGGUUUUUCUUUUCAUCAGUUUCCAGUACAGAUGCAUGAACAUCUCCUGCAUGCACCUUUAACAUGUGUCUCUAUUUUUUGCGCUGUUUUUAUUUUUUUGAAGUGACAUUUACCAUGUUAAUAACUACAAAAGGCGGCUGUUGUACUUACAAAUCGUAAAGAGUGGUACUUUGUAGUUAUUAAUCGUAAAAAAUAGUGACACCUGUUCUUUAUAAUUAAUAGUUCUGUAGUAGGAUUUAAAUGCAUUAACAUCCAUCUGUUACUCUGUUUUCUACUUUUAAACUUAUACUCCAAUUUUUGAAGUUGCCAAACAGCCAUUACUCUUGGAAGGUUCCUCAGAGGCUCUACAUUUGAUGACUUCUAUUAAUUUUCUGUACAGUAAAGUCUACGAAGUUACAUAAUAACCAUACCAACUGUUCUGGUUUGCCCGACAUAGUCAAGAAGUUUGUGCAACAUUAGUCCUGGCUCUUCUCGAGAAGGCCUGGGCACGAAAAACAGCCGAGGAAACAGAAGCAGAAGUGAAAAGAAGAGCAGGUUUGUUGCUGAUCUAUGUAUAAAUAGUAGUAAAUAGCUCUGCUUUUGGUUACUUUUAAUUUAUCAUGUUAAGAGGACACAAACUGUUGUCCUCUCAUCAGUGACAAUAAUAUAAAAGAGACCUUUAGAUUUGAGAACGAAGAGGACUAUGAUACCCCAAAAAACUUCAUUUUACCUUUUUCACAAGCAAAUUUAACACAUUAUUUUUAAGGAGGUUAAAAAAGGUUAAGCCCUCUCAUGAUCGCAGAAUGAUAAAACUUGUAACAUGUGCUAACUUGUUUCCAUCACUUUGACAUUUUCGCUAAAACUUGUAGUAGAUUGACUAAGGCUAUUGCAUUUUUCGGCAAAAAUGACGCUGGUUCAUGCAUGCACCACUUAGUAUGUAGAAAAUUUGUUCUGGUAAUCAUCCUUGCUUUAGAACCUUAAGGUCUCUUUACAUUACGUCACACAGUUUGGUGACGAUAUCUCUUCCCUUUAAUUUAAUCAAAGUGGAGAGAUAAUUCUAACUUGUCCUUUGUUUAUUUUCUCCUCAUGUAGGUGAAUUGAUGGCAAAGACAUUACAACAAACAGAGGAGCGUGUAGCCGAAGUAAAACGUCGUGCAGAAGAAGCAGUGAGUGAUGUCAAAAGACAGGCAGUAGUGGAGCUGCAGAAAGCCGUCCGUGCUGCCGAGGAGAAAGCCAAUGAAGCUGUGGCCAGUGCACAUGGCAAGAUGGAGAAAGCUGUGUUGGAAGCGCGUAGACAAGCCACUGAGGAUACUCUAGCAAUGUCCAAUCACCAGAGUGACUCUAGUGAGGUAGGAGCAACAUUCUGGGCAUUUUUAUUGUUUUCUUAGUUCUACAUUGAUCAGUGAUUUCCAAUAUACCCAUCUACCUUCUGGAUCAACCUGAAAAGAAAUUAAUUUAUACCCCAGGCAGGGUGGGUAUAAGAGAGCUGUGAAAUUUUUGUCAGGUAUUGAGGAGAAAAUGCCAGUGACCUUGCAAUCUUAAAAAAUUUCUGGUAAUUCCUCAAAAAUUUCUGGUAUCCAGUUUAAAAUAUUAUUAUUAUUAUUAUUGUUACUGUUAGUUAUUGUUAUUAUUAUUUUUCACGGAAAUAAGGGUAAACUGAAGAUGUGUGAAGACAGUGUCAUUUCUUGCAUGCAGAGUUUUAAAAGGCCUGGCCAAUCUGGCAUUACUUAAACAGAAAUUAAUUAAUGUUGAUGCUUAUGGGGAUAUGCAUUGUUCUUCCCGUAGAGUUGUUGGAAUUGUGGCCGAAAGGCCACCGAAACGUGUAGUGGCUGCAACUUGGCGCGGUACUGUGGUCCAUUCUGUCAACAUCAG